GGCUCACUGGGGCAGCUGAGCGCAUGAAUGGCCACACUGCCUGAGGAAGGUGGCCCUGGUGGGGCGUCCUGUUUCCAGUGCCUGCGGUGCCCACAAGGGAGGUUCAGGCCUGGGUCCAGGCAAUGCCUGGAGACCGUUGGGCACCAGGCCCAGGACACCACUGUGUGGAGUUCCUGCAGUGUCGCCAGCCCAGGCAGGCAGUGGGAGAGAGCAGGCAGACCCCGUGGGGUGGUAAGUUACCCGUGCCACGGCGGGGGGCCCUUUCCCCCAAACACACCUGCACCUCCACCGGCUGCCCUGGCCCUGUGCAGCUGGGAAAGGAGUCAGGCAGCCUCCUGCCUCCAGGGACUGGCUGCCCACUGGCUCUGUCCUGCCCGGUGAGGACACUGAGAGCUGGGGACUGAAUUGGAAGUGCAAAGGGACAGCCCAGGAGUCAAGGAGGGCAGCAGAUCUAGGAAGGAGCUGCCCACUACACGGAUGGAGAAAUUGAGGCUGGGGGAGGCGUGCCCCCAGCCACAGGAAGGAGACUGAGGGGUCCCCGUUAGCGCCCGUCCUCCCUGCCCUCCCUCCCAGAGCAGGCCAGUGGGGUGGGGAACGGGCGCCUUGCUGGGAGGCGGCAGCAAGGCCUCCAGGCAGCAGGCACAGCGGAGUGGGUGAGGCGCUGGGUGCUGUGCGGUGGUGCCAUGGUGAUGCAGGGGGAGGAGGGAAGAGAGCAAAGAGGAGAGCAGGAGCGGUGGGGGAUGGCAGCAGACCUGGCCCUGAGGCCACUUCGCUCUAGAGGGGGUCCAGGCCCAGCCUGCUGGCCAUGGCGCUGCUCAGGACCAUCAUGGGGAGCACAUUUGGCAGUGGCUCUGGGAUGACGGCCUCUCCCACGCGUCCAUCUGUGCAACGUUUAACUGAGGGCUGCUGCCGGGCGUUACAGGAGUGACCUGAGCUGAAAACGUGGCCAGUUCCACCGUUUACUCCCUUGUUUUGAGACCGGUAUCAGGGGCAGCAGGGUGGGCAUCUCUCAUGGGUCAGGAGCCCCCGGGGAGAGGCUGGCCUGUGGCUAAGCUUCAGCAGGAGCCACCAGGCAGGGAACCGCACCAGAGGAGGGCCCCUGGCCACCUGCCGGCCCUCUGCUGGCCACCGUCCCCCAGAGGUCUCUGCCCCCGUCUGAGCUCUGUGCAGGCCACGGCGACAAGAUGGCUCCACUCCCCCUCUCGGCCUCCGCUCCACCUUCCCGGCGGGCAGUGCUCAGGAAUCUGCCCUUGCCGCCCCUCCUCUGCAGCCAGAUACCAGCCCCAAGGGACAGGGAUGGUCCAGGGCUGGCCUGGUCAGGUGGUUGGUGGAGUCAAAGGCUCUGACCUCAUUCCUUAACCCUUUGUGUUCGGGCUGACGCGCACAUGUGCACACACGUGCACUCCCGUGGCUUCCCUGCAGCCAGGAGGCAGGAUUUCCUUGGUCCAUUUUAUUGAUGAGCCAAGCAGGGCCUCACCAGGGAGCAGAGGUGCAGCCUGGAGGGGCGGGAGAGGAGGGCUGUUCCUGCGCCACUGGUGUGUCUCCCUCACGAACAUUUGCUGAGCAGGUGAUGACGCCCCCCUGAGGAUGCCCUCCGUGUGACUGCACGACCGGGCUGCCCUCCCCACUAGGCCACCAUGAACACCUCGGCUCCACCCGCAGUCAGCCCCAACAUCACCGUGCUGGCCCCUGGAAAGGGACCCUGGCAAGUAGCCUUCAUCGGCAUCACCACAGGGCUCCUGUCGCUGGCCACCGUGACAGGCAACCUCCUCGUCCUCAUCUCCUUCAAGGUGAACGCAGAGCUCAAGACAGUCAACAACUACUUCCUGCUGAGCCUGGCCUGCGCUGACCUCAUCAUCGGCACCGUCUCCAUGAACCUCUAUACCACCUACUUGCUCAUGGGCCACUGGGCGUUGGGCACGCUGGCCUGUGACCUCUGGCUGGCCCUGGACUAUGUGGCCAGCAAUGCCUCGGUCAUGAAUCUGCUGCUCAUCAGCUUCGACCGCUACUUCUCGGUGACCCGGCCGCUGAGCUACCGCGCCAAGCGCACACCGCGCCGGGCAGCCCUGAUGAUCGGGCUGGCCUGGCUGGUCUCCUUUGUGCUCUGGGCACCGGCCAUCCUCUUCUGGCAGUACCUUGUGGGGGAGCGGACAGUGCUGGCUGGGCAGUGCUAUAUCCAGUUCCUCUCCCAGCCCAUCAUCACCUUCGGUACUGCCAUGGCGGCCUUCUACCUCCCAGUCACUGUCAUGUGCACACUCUACUGGCGCAUCUACCGCGAGACAGAAAACCGGGCACGGGAGCUGGCUGCCCUGCAGGGGUCUGAGACACCUGGCAAGGGUGGUGGCAGCAGCAGUAGCUCGGAGAGGUCACAGCCUGGGGCCGAGCGCUCCCCAGAGAGCCCACCAGGCCGCUGCUGCCGCUGCUGCCGAACACCCCGGCUGCUGCAGGCCUACAGUUGGAAGGAGGAGGAGGAGGAGGAGGAGGGCUCCAUGGAGUCCCUCACAUCCUCGGAGGGCGAGGAGCCCGGCCCAGAGGUGGCCAUCAAGAUGCCCAUGGUGGACGCCCAGGCGCAGGCACCUGCCAACCCGCCCCCGAAGAGCCCCCCGAGCACGAUGAAGAGGCCCACGAGGAAGGGGCGCGACCGAGCCGGCCGGGCCCAGAAGCCCCGUGGGAAAGAGCAGCUGGCCAAGCGCAAGACCUUCUCGCUGGUCAAGGAGAAGAAGGCCGCCCGCACCCUAAGCGCCAUCCUGCUGGCCUUCAUUCUCACCUGGACGCCGUACAACAUCAUGGUGCUGGUGUCCACCUUCUGCAAGGACUGCGUCCCUGACACCCUGUGGGAGCUGGGCUACUGGCUGUGCUACGUCAACAGCACCGUCAACCCCAUGUGCUACGCGCUCUGCAACAAGGCCUUCCGGGACACCUUCCGCCUGCUGCUGCUCUGCCGCUGGGACAAGCGGCGCUGGCGCAAGAUCCCCAAGCGCCCCGGCUCCGUGCACCGCACCCCCUCCCGCCAGUGCUGAGGGCCCUGUGCCGCCCUGCCCUCCACUGUCCUGAGCUGAGGCCUGAGCUGCUGCUCUGCCCAGGCCAGCACCUCCUGGACAGCCAGAGACACCCUGCCAGCCCCACAGCAGUGGAACCUGGGGAACUGGUUUUUCCGUUCCCUACUCAGUGGGAAUGGGCCUGCACCAGGAAGAGACCUGAGGAGGAUCUGGGCUUUGCUCGUAUUUACCUCAGGCAGGAAGCCCAGAGCCUGCUGCUCAGCUGGGGGUCCAUCCACAUCCUCCUGGGCCUUCUCCUCGCCUCAGCCGGCUGAGCAGCUGGACGGUGAGCUCUGGAGGCCACAGCCAGCACUGACUCCUGACGCUGAGGAGAGAAGCUUGGCUCCAGGGCACAGGAACCCCGGCUGGAAAUCCUUCCCCACUCCCCAGGAGGGCUCAGCCUCCCCCCAAGACUUCCCCAAAACGCCCUGUGUCACCUCCCAGGCAAGUGUCCAAGCAGCAGCAGGACAGUGACUGCAGGGAGGGUCUGCAGGGCUGGGUGGCAGCCGUGGGGCCAGGUGCCAGGUGUUAAGUGUCCAGCUGUCCUCCCUGCUGCCCCAGCAACCUCGGCCAGUCCCUUCCCACCUGGCUGUCAGCCAUCACCAGGCCUGGACCGCUAGACUCCUGCAGCUCGGCCAGGCCCCGCAUGCUGCCCACCUCCAGCCCUGCCAGCCUUUCCCUGCAGUGCCAGCUGCAGGUCCCCUCCUGUGCUCCCGACCGACCGACCGACCGACCGUGCAUGGCCUCCCAGCAGCCCUUGCCCUGGCCUGGCCGGCCCACAUGUUCUUUUCUCCACCUCAGCAAGUGCUAAGUCUGAAUAAAGCCACACAACCAGCAGGUGUCAGGCCUUUC